GCCCUGGUGGAAUAUGGCAGUUUUCACACACUACAAUGAUGUUUAUUAUGAUAAAAGAUACAUUUUUUAUUGCUUUUUAAAAAUAAAUUGUCUAAAAGAUGACCAAAAUAAAACCUCAGAAAAGGAAUUAAAUACUUUAUGUAUUUAGUAAAUUUUUCUAGCGUACUCAGCAAUUUUACCACGGUAAUUGUCACAAAAACCACAGAGCGUAGGGAUACUGAGUGUUCUACGUUCUGCCUAAUAAAUAGAGCGAUUGCCGAUUCACCUUGUUAUUACCGUCUGAUAGGACUACAAUUAUGACUUUUAACACUUCAUUACUUCAUCUUGCAUUUCAUCCUGACUUGUAAAAAUCGACCUAUUGAGCGAAGGAUCAAUAUGGCCGUCGCGGAUUGUAAUUGCUUGUACCUCUCUGCACUUACAUUUGUGAAUCGCCGGGCGAAACAAAGACUGGCUCCACUCUUAUCAUCUGUGAGCAAUUGCAUGAAGAAUUUCAUUUUAAGGGAAAAGAUUUAUCCUGGAAAAUGAAUUAAUACAAUCAUAAAAAAAACUGUUCAUUAUUUGCCUAUAUACUACAAUGGACUUAAUUAAUAAUGUGAAAACCCAGCACGGUAGUAAUGGGAAAGUCUACUCGGGGACCCAUGCGUGUUCACAAAUGAAUUGUUCCCGGAAUAGAAGAGCACCAUGUAUAUAUAUAACCGGAGAGUCUCCUGCUCUCUCCAUCCGUCCCAGGAGGCAGCACUAGUAGAUUUUUCUUGGAUCCUUUUUUCUGACAUUUGGUUUAAGCUGUUCUUAAGAUUUUUUUUAUCCGUUGAAACAGUCCACAAUGAAUACUUCCAACAUCUCCGGGGUAGUACCGGAGGUCCCCCUCGUCAAGUACUUCAUUCCCCAGCCUCUCUACUAUAUCAUAGGGACGGGACUUCUCUUUGUGUUUACGUUUGGAUCUUUUAUGAACUUUACCGGUCUGCUUGUAUUUGCCAAAAAUAAGCACAUGCGGUCCCCGACUAACACCUUCAUCAUCUCCUUGCUAAUGGGGGACUUCGGAAUGAGCAUCUGCUCCUUUAUCUCAAUGACGGCGCAUUACAACCGCUUCUACCUCUGGGGCGACAAUGUCUGUACGUUCGAGGGGUUCUGGAUGUACUUCAUGGGAUUGACCAACAUGUACACCAUCAUGGGGAUCUCCUUCGACAGGUACAUCGUCAUAGCCAAACCCUUGCAGGCGUCCAAAAUCACCACGCGCGUGGCUGUUGCCGCCUGCCUCGCUAUCUGGUUCCAGGGCUUUGCCUGGGCCGCCUUCCCGUUCCUGGGCUGGGGGAGGUACACGUAUGAGGCCGGUCGUACUUCCUGUUCCGUUCAGUGGGACACCGACGACAUUGAGUCCGCCAGUUACAACAUCUCCAUCUUUAUCUGGAGUUUAUUCCUGCCGCUGAUGCUAAUAUUCUACUGCUAUUAUAAUGUCUUUAUGACAAUUCGCCAUGUUGCCAGGAAUGGAGUCUGGGACAUGAACAGCAGAAUUGCGAGAAAAAACCUGAGGAUUGAAAAGAAAAUGUUCAAGACGAUCGUGUACAUGCUCGUUUCCUACGUUGGGUCAUGGACUCCCUAUUCUAUCGUGAGUUUGUGGGCGAUAUUCGGCGAAGCCAAAGACAUCCCCCCAUACUUGAUGACUGUUCCUGCCGUCAUCGCUAAGUCAGCCUGUAUCUGGGACCCCCUGAUCUACGUCGGCACAAACAGACAGUUCCGGAUGGCCUUCUACAACACACUGCCAUGUGAUGGUCUCGGCAAAAUGCUGAUCAAGAGAGAGGAGCAAAAGGACAAAGAGGCGGAUGCCUCGGAUGACGAAGAAGAGGCUGGGAAGAAGGCGGAAGGAACGGCCGUGAAAAAGACAACCCUUGUGGCCCCGAUUGAUGACGAGGCUGGACAGACCACCCAGGUGGAGAAUUUCCCCGACCCCAACAGCCCUCAGCCCGGACAAUCCGGCAAUCCGUAGAGCAGCCCAAACAAAAUGGCAAUAUCUGCAUAAUUCUCCCUUUGGGAGCGUGGAGAGUAAAAUUGCGAGUAGUCUCAUUUGAACCGGCUAAUUGCCGAAGACCCGAGGACGAUUCAAUCAGACACGGUCUUAGUGAAUAACGAUAAGAAAAUCUACUGGAUCAAGCAGUAUGGGACAUGAAUGUGAACGAGUCUUUGAAAUGUGUCAGAAACGGUGUUUUAUCAGACUUUGCUUCUAUUUUAUUACCCAUGUGUUAAGCUUCGUUAUAAAGCUGUUUUGAUUAGAACACAUGCACUCGAUUAUCUUUUUCACAAAUAUAUUGUCAGAAGAGGAAGAAUUAAGCCUGCUUUAAUUAUUUGUUACCAUCUGUAUCCUCUUUUAACUAUCAUAGUGUAUCAUAAUUUAGUAUAUUUCCAUCAGUGCGAUUUUUUAAACUUUCAUUUUUCUAUACUUCAAUAUCAACGCUUGGUUAUUGUGAUAAGCCACAGGAUGUUUGAAAUGCAUGUAUAUCAGUAUAUCAACCGGUCCUUAUAUGACAAGUUAAAAAUUAAAGAUGGCCCGAAACACAUUAAAGAUGGUUUUAAGCAUGUUUUUAUUUCUAAGUCAGCAUUGCAAAAAUAUAUCAAAUAAAGAUUUUUAAUAAGUUUCUGAGAAGAAAAACAGACAAAGAACUUGGACCUUCAAAAACUUGAGCCAUUCGAUCGGUAUUUUUAUAACGUUGGAAUCCUUUAUCUCAAAUAGGCCGACACUUUAAUCAACUAGCUUUAGAAAGCAAUAUUCACAUUUUGAAUCCCAGUCGUGUAAAUCACUCUACGCGUUUUUUCAGUGUAAAUAAAUUUUAUAUUGGAGAAAAGGGUUCAAUAUUCACAGUUCGUUAGUAAGCAGUUUACUUUCGUACCCUCAUCUGACUGUGGUCUAUUACGUCAUAUUUGAACUGAAGGGGAAAAUGUAAUAUACAAAAAGAUUACUUCUAUAUAAUUACAUAUGUACAUAUUUAGGAAAGAUUUUGGUUUCCAAGAUAAGGAUAGGAUAAUUGAUAUUUUU